ACAAUAAUAAAGUCCGCGCUCCAACUUUUUCCCCCAAAUUCGUCGAGCUCUCGCCGAAACAAAGCAAUUUGGAAGCUGCUUAGCUGUGUGAUACUGUACCCGCGGAGGCGUAGCGAUGGAGCGAGCGGAGGCAGAGGUUGAGGUGGCGGCCGACGGCGGCCACACGCCUCACUCGGCGCCGUCCACGGCGCCGUCGGCGAGGGUGUCGAUCUGGGAGUCGGUGCGCGCGUGCGGGGUGUGGGGGAAGGAGGUGGACAAGGCCGAGCUGCAGAGGCAGGUCGUCAUGCCGCUGUACGCGCGGCGGGCGGUGGCGGCGGCCGUGGCGGCGAAGGACGAGGCCGCCGGCGUUGCUGCCGCGGCGGCGGCGAAGGGCGAGGAGGUUGAGGGGGACGAAGUGGCGGUGGUGACGCCGAUUGUGGUGUUUGUGAACUCGAAGAGCGGCGGGAGGCACGGGCCCGAGCUCAAGGUGCGGUUGCACGAGCUCAUCAGCAAGGAGCAGGUCUUUGAUCUUUCUGUUGUGAAGCCUUCUGAUUUUGUCCACUAUGGUUUGAGUUGUUUGGAGAGGUUGUCUGACCAAGGUGAUAAUUGUGCAAAGGACAUCCGUGGAAAGUUGAGGAUUGUGGUUGCUGGGGGUGAUGGCACUGUUGGCUGGGUACUUGGAUGUCUCCAAGAUCUUUAUAGGUUGAAAAGGGAACCAGUUCCUCCCACAGGAAUCAUCCCACUUGGUACGGGAAACGACCUUGCUAGAUCAUUUGGAUGGGGUGGCUCUUUUCCCUUUGGUUGGCGUUCAGCUGUAAAACGAUCUCUCAGUAAGGCAGGGACUGCUCCCAUCGUCCAUCUUGACAGUUGGCAGGCUGUGAUUACAAUGCCAGAAGGAGAAAUAGAAGAAUUGCCACAUGCACUUAAAAAAGUGGAACCUACAGAUCGGCUGGAGUUCAGCAAGGAGAAUGGCAGUGAGUUACCUGAAAAAGCUUCUUGCUAUAAAGGUGUAUUCUACAACUACCUUAGCAUCGGGAUGGAUGCUCAAGUUGCAUAUGGCUUCCACCAUCUACGAGAUGAAAAGCCAUAUCUUGCUCAAGGACCAGUUGCAAAUAAGUUGAUUUAUGCUGGAUAUAGCUGCACGCAGGGAUGGUUCUGUACACCUUGCACAGCAAGUCCUCAGCUAAGGGGACUUAGGAACAUUUUGCGGCUUUACAUUAAAAGGGUGAAUUGUUCUGAAUGGGAGCAAAUUCAAAUGCCUUCAAGUGUUAGGUCCCUAGUGGUCUUAAAUUUGUACAACUACGGCAGCGGAAGGCAUCCAUGGGGUAAUCUUAAACCGGAUUAUCUCGAAAAGAGAGGUUUUGUUGAAGCCCAUUCAGAUGAUGGCUUGAUUGAAAUAUUUGGUCUGAAAGAAGGCUGGCAUGCUUCACUCGUUAUGGCUGAGCUUAUCAAAGCAAAGCACAUUGCUCAGGCUGCAGCUAUCAAGUUUGAAAUGAGGGGUGGUGAGUGGGAUCGAGCAUAUGUUCAAAUGGAUGGAGAGCCAUGGAAACAACCACUCAUUCAGGACCAGUCAACCAUUGUGGAGAUAAAUAAAGUUCCCUAUCAUUCCCUGAUGAUAAACGGGGAGCAAUGAGAUUUUUCUAAGUUAAUCAGGGUUACAUUCUAGAUCAUUAGACUAUGUACAGUUUAGGAUCAGCAGGAGCUAGUUUCUUAGAGAUGGCUCAGGUGCAGCGUGGAUGCAUGUUUAUUGAUGACGGUUGAGUCUUGGCAGGAGCAAAAUGCGCCACCAUGUACUGCUGUAUCGUGCAAGUUAUGUUGUAUCCUAGUUCCUUCCGAGGGAAAACAAAUUUAGCUCGAUUUCUAUUGUAUAUUUUUUGUCAGUGUGAAAAACAAUGUGGUAAGAACCCUGUGAUAUAAGCUGUAACUUAAUUUUCUGUUUUAAUCCAAUAAUUCUUUUCCUCUUGGACA